AAAGACUUGUCCUCCCAGGAACCCAUCUAUGGAUACUUUGGUGUCUUCAAAGCCAGGCGGACCUACAGGUGGACCAAUUCCGUGACUUCAUGAGAGGGAAAUCAAUUUUUGGACACUUUCUGGCCGCCAUCUACCCAAGUGGAGAUGUCUGAGGAAAAUCUGGGGGAAGAGUCGGGCAGCUCCCCCGUCUCUCCUGUGGACAGCCUGAGCAACAGCGAGGGGGAGCUGGACAGACAGCCGAAGAGGUGUGGGAGGAAGAGGAGACCGAGCAGGAAAAACGGGGAGGACUCAGAUAGCCCGACCCCUGGGAAAAGAGGGAAGAAGUCCAGCAGCAGCAGCCCCCAGUCUUUCGAGGAGCUCCAGUCGCAGCGGGUCAUGGCCAACGUCCGGGAGCGUCAGAGGACCCAGUCUCUCAACGAGGCGUUCGCGGCUUUGCGGAAAAUUAUCCCCACGUUGCCCUCGGACAAACUCAGCAAAAUACAGACCCUAAAACUUGCAGCCAGAUACAUCGACUUCCUCUACCAGGUGCUGCAGAGCGACGAGCUGGACUCCAAAAUGUCAAGUUGUAGUUAUGUGGCUCAUGAGAGGCUGAGCUACGCCUUCUCUGUAUGGAGGAUGGAGGGCGCUUGGUCCAUGUCAACAUCUCACUAACAUCUGGAGAAAUUAUGCCCUAAAUGGUGACUGCUGAAUCUACUUAUCACAUUCUGACGGGACAAAUCUGGAGUCCAAUGCUGGAUACAUGGGAUCACACUAUUUAAACCAAAGACGACAGAAGCUCUGGGGGGAUCAUUUUUUUGCAGGAGGCCCGACAGGGACCUGCAGCCGUGCGUUAGCUCCACACACUCCCAUUCUGAUGCGUUUUCAUGUUGUUGACGACGAAUGUUGAAAAUAUCAUGUUUUGUUUUUUGAAGAAAAGACAUUUUGAAUGCAUGUCUUUGGACUUAUUUCUGUGGAGGUCAAAGUGCAUUAUUGAAGCAGUUGUGAGACUGUCAACUGGUGGUGUAGCUCACAUUAUAAGGCUGACUGUGUGGAUCUAACCUGUGCAAAAAAAAAAAUAUUUUCAGAAUACAUUUAUUUAUUUAUUGGUGAAACGUGUUACAUUGAGGAAUAGAUCCUGUGUCUGAAUACAUUCCUAUUUUUUAUUAUCGUUUUUUUUUUGUAAAUGUUUGUAUAUUUUUUGCAUUAAAGAAAAAGACGAUUAAAGUGUUUGACUU